GCCGGAGUAUGAUUGGUCCGUUUGAAGACACGGGUUGUUAGCGCCAUGGCUCCGACGGCCGGGAGCGGCAAGAAACCGAAGCGGCAAAGCAUUUCUACUAUGGACGAAUGGAUUGCCGAGUUUAUAAAACGGAUAGUUUCUCGAAUGCGUUUUGCUGAAGUCAUGCCUGUGCUGAAGACAUGGGGGGUUUUAGCAGAGAAGGAUCUCCAGCCGCUGAUUCUGCUGAGGUCGAAGGACAUUCUAGCGAUGGAAGUUGUCAGUCUCUGUGAGAGUAAAAAGGCCACAAUGGAUCAUGCCGCAGAUCUGGAUAUUAUCUAUUACCAUUCUAACUCAAAAAAGAAAUCUUGGGAGGUGUAUCAGAUGUCUAAGCCAUCAGAUUCAGACAAAAGUCUUGACGAUGUCUCGAAAUUCAGAGUGCAAUUCAAAAAGGGCAUCCAUUCAGUUCUUAAAAAUGUAACCAUACACUUCAGAGAGUUUGAAGGCUCCUUGUGGAUCCGAAUUGCUUGGGGGAGGGAUUGCAUGAAGCCUAAUCAGUACAGGCCAACCUUCGUGGUGUACCAGACCCAGGCUCCAUACGCCUUUAUCACAGGCUGCGCAAAAUCCCAGUGGCCGGUGCUUUCUCAGGGCCUUUUAUUGGCUACAGGAUACAGGCAGAUCCAGGAGAUGGAACUGAAAAGCCGCUGCUUGAAAUCCCUUCAGGACAUAGUAUUCAAGAGAUUUAGUCAGCCGUUUCAAUCGUAUCAGUCAAAAUCAAUUCCAGAAAAAAGCUACAAAACUCCUGCAAUAGUGGAUUCAAGAGUAGCUUAUGAAAAUAAUAAGGAAAGGGAGCGGAUACGUCAGGUGACCUUUGAAACAUUUGGCGAUGGCCCUCUUCCAAAGCUGGAAUAUGCGUCAUAUAAGCUGGAGACCUCAUUCAAUGGGGGAGCUGGUAUUGCCAAUAAAAUCGAACCCUUCCGGUGUCUUGUCAAGUUCACCAGUCCUCAUCUUCUGGAAUCCCUCCGAAGCCUUGCCCCAUCAGGACUAGCGGAAGCUCCUAUUUCAAGCUUAUUGUCAUGUAUACCCCAUAGAGGCAGGAAUGUAUUUAAGAUCUCGGAGAAGAAGCAGCCAGGUAGCAGCCAACCUGUCAGUUAAUGACUUCUCCAUAUCCACGGCUGGGUCCGGAGUGUGUACACUUCCCUCCACGUCUCUACUCUGCUGAGCACCUUACAGACAACACGUUAGCGCUGAAACGCCUGUGACCGGAGAGUCAUCUGUGGUCGUCCUCCCUUGAUCUCUGACCCCCCUCGUGCCCCACGCCCCAGAUGCUUCCCUUGACUGAGAGGAAUUGGAUGGGUCGCCAGGGGGGAUUUCUAGCAUGCUGAAAAGCUCCCUGCGAGAUAUGAAGUACCGCUGAUAACCAGAACUGGCCGCACAUAGUGACCGUGAAUAGACUGGAAAUUAUGUAUAUAGGAAAACAAUGCGGUUUCAGGGCGACCUCCUGCCGCUUGUGUUUACUGCCAUUUUAAUGUAUAUAUUUGGCAUUAAAUGAAACUAUUUUCUAGCCACUCCUGCAGCGCAGACGCCAUCUUUAUUUUUAUUUUUUCCUGUGAGAUCCUCUUGAUUCUUUUUGUAGGCAGAUUUUAUUUUGCAAGGCAUUUGAUGUAGUAUUGACGCACUCUGUUCACACUAGCCUCAUGUGCACUUGGCAGCUGAAGGCAUCUGUGUUGGUCCCAUGUUCAUAUGUGCCCACAUUG